UCUCACUUCCCUGCGAUGUUUUGAACUGCCUUCCUACAGACGUCAUACAACCCUUAAGGAGUAGUUUCUGCCUUGCGAGAUUGAAUGGUAGUUCUCAUUCACAAAGAGUUGGAGUCACAAUGUAAGCAGAGGACACAACGGAAAUUACAUUCACAGGUAAAAACAGUGACCCAAGCAAGAGCAGUGUGGAGAGCUUUUUUUCCCUGGCUGACUUUUUGGCUCCCCGAGAAGCGUUUUCCUGUGGUUGCCCUGAAAUGGAACUUCCCUGACAGCUCUCCAGUGUCACAGUACCUCGCGGUCGUUCUCUUUUUCUUUCACUCUACCUGAGUACUUCCAGAGUGGAAACCUUUAAACCUGUUAUUAUGGAAUUGCAAAAAAGAAGGGCUCAAGUGGCUGUUUCACUGUGUUGGUUUUUCUUGUGACCAGAUGAAGAAUAGAUUUCAAAUGUAGUUCCUCCCUUGGCAAUGCAAAACAGAAAAGAAACUGUCACUUCUGAGCAGCUUAGUGCUGGAUUAAAUUCAGUCUGAAAAAGGAAAGCGCUCCUGUGUUUAGAAGUGUCCCUAUGUUCUGGACGGGGGCAGAAGUUGGACUCUGGGAAAUUUGGAUUUCUUCAAGCAGCCUCCCUUUGGAAAUGGAAUAUAUUUAAAACCGCCUUUGUAGAAAGACAGCUGAAAUGUGUUAAUCAGAAUACUUGGAGACUUUUUUUCAAAAUGAGCAUUAUUAUGAAGCCAAGAUCCCGGUCUACAAGUUCCCUGAGGACUUCAGAAGCACUUUGUUUUGAUGUGGACAAUGGCACAUCUUCGGGACGGAGUCCCUUGGAUCCCAUGACUAGCCCAGGAUCUGGGCUAAUUCUCCAAGCAAACUUUGUCCACAGUCAGCGCCGGGAAUCCUUCCUGUAUAGAUCUGACAGCGACUAUGACCUUUCUCCAAAGUCUAUGUCCCGGAACUCCUCCAUUGCCAGUGAUAUACACGGAGAUGACUUGAUUGUGACUCCAUUUGCUCAGGUCUUGGCCAGUCUGCGAACUGUACGAAAUAACUUUGCUGCAUUAACAAAUUUGCAAGAUCGAGCAUCUAGCAAAAGAUCACCCAUGUGCAAUCAACCAUCCAUCAACAAAACCACCAUAACAGAGGAGGCCUACCAGAAACUGGCCAGCGAGACCCUGGAGGAGCUGGACUGGUGUCUGGACCAGCUAGAGACUCUGCAGACCCGGCACUCUGUCAGUGAGAUGGCCUCCAACAAGUUUAAAAGGAUGCUUAAUCGGGAGCUUACUCAUCUCUCUGAAAUGAGUCGGUCUGGAAAUCAAGUAUCAGAGUACAUAUCAAAUACAUUCUUAGAUAAGCAACAUGAAGUGGAAAUUCCUUCACCAACUCAGAAGGAAAAGGAGAAAAAGAAAAGACCGAUGUCUCAGAUCAGUGGGGUGAAAAAGCUAAUGCACAGCUCCAGUUUGACUAAUUCAAGCAUCCCAAGGUUUGGGGUCAAAACUGAACAAGAAGACGUCCUCGCUAAGGAGCUAGAAGAUGUGAACAAAUGGGGUCUUCAUGUUUUCAGAAUAGCAGAGUUGUCUGGUAACCGGCCGUUGACUGUUAUCAUGCACACCAUUUUUCAGGAACGGGAUUUAUUAAAAACAUUUAAAAUUCCAGUAGACACCUUAAUUACAUACCUUAUGACCCUGGAAGACCAUUACCACGCAGACGUGGCCUACCACAACAAUAUCCAUGCUGCAGAUGUUGUCCAGUCUACACAUGUGCUGUUAUCUACACCUGCUUUGGAGGCUGUGUUUACAGAUUUGGAGAUUCUUGCAGCAAUUUUUGCCAGUGCAAUACAUGAUGUAGAUCAUCCUGGUGUGUCAAAUCAAUUUCUGAUCAAUACAAACUCUGAACUUGCCUUGAUGUACAAUGACUCUUCUGUCCUGGAGAACCAUCACCUGGCUGUGGGCUUUAAGUUGCUUCAGGAAGAAAACUGUGACAUUUUCCAGAAUUUGACCAAAAAGCAAAGACAAUCAUUAAGGAAAAUGGUCAUUGACAUUGUACUUGCAACUGACAUGUCAAAGCAUAUGAAUCUACUGGCUGAUUUGAAAACUAUGGUUGAAACUAAGAAAGUGACAAGUUCUGGAGUUCUUCUCCUUGAUAAUUACUCUGAUCGGAUUCAGGUCCUUCAGAACAUGGUGCAUUGUGCAGAUCUGAGCAACCCCACAAAGCCUCUCCAGCUGUACCGCCAGUGGACCGACCGCAUCAUGGAGGAAUUCUUCCGCCAAGGAGACCGAGAGAGGGAGCGGGGCAUGGAGAUAAGUCCCAUGUGUGACAAGCACAAUGCCUCUGUGGAAAAAUCACAGGUGGGCUUCAUCGACUAUAUUGUUCACCCUCUUUGGGAAACAUGGGCAGACCUUGUACAUCCUGACGCCCAGGACAUUUUGGACACAUUGGAGGACAAUCGUGAAUGGUACCAGAGCACAAUUCCUCAGAGCCCCUCCCCAGCACCUGAUGACCAGGAGGAGGGCCGGCAGGGUCAUACGGAAAAGUUCCAGUUUGAACUAACUUUAGAGGAAGACGGUGAGUCAGACACGGAAAAGGACAGUGGAAGUCAGGUGGAAGAGGACACGAGCUGCAGUGACUCCAAGACUCUCUGUACUCAAGAUUCGGAGUCCACGGAAAUUCCCCUUGAUGAACAGGUGGAAGAGGAGGCUGUGGGAGAAGAGGAAAGCCAGCCGGAAGCCUGUGUAAUAGAAGAUCGUUCUCCUGACACGUAACAUUGCAAAGACAUUCACUCCCUUUUUUUUUUUUUUUUUUUUAAAGUAGAAAAUUGUUUCCAAAGUGCAUGUCACAUGGCACAACCAUGGUCACACCUCACAGUCAUCUGCCAGGACGUUUGUUGAACAAAACUGACCUUGACUACUCAGUCUGGCGCUCAGGAAUAUUGUAACCAGUUUUUUCACCUCCAUGACAUCGGAGCAAAGGGGACAUCUUUACGCACAGCAUUUUAACAAGAUAUCAGCUUGGUUGAGCUGAUGAAGCAGAGAAAAUCAACUCCAAAGUAUUUUCAAGGGAGUGUGGCUCAUCAGGCAGCCCAGAAAAGUUUAUGUGAUUUGGGAUAUCUUUUUAUUCGUUUGCAAUAUUUUCAGCAGAAAGAAGGCAUUACAUAGACACCGUGAACUAAUGAAUGGAAUGACACAGUGGGUCAGGAACAGGACACAGUGUGAAGCUGUUGCCAUAGGCAGAGGAUGAGCCACAAAUUGCGUCAUUUUCUAAUUUCAAGUCUUCCUGAUACAUGACUGAAUAGUGUGGUUCAGUGAGCUGCACUGACCUCUACAUUUUGUAUGAUAUGUAAAACAGAUUUUUUGUAGAGCUUACUUUUAUUAUUAAAUGUACUGAGGUAUUAUAUUUAAAAAACUAUGUUCA